GGGCCGGCGGAGCGCGCGGUGCCGGGAGCGCCGGGAGCGGGGAUGCGCGGCUCCAGGAGGAGGCGGCUCACAGCCCCCGAGUGCGCGGCCCUGGCCCUGAGCCCCGAGGGCUCGGCCCCCCUGCGGCAGCCCCUGGGCCUGGGAGGAGGAGGAGGGACAGCCCGGGGCCUUCAUCCCACCCACGGGACACCGAGACACCCCGGAGCACCAGGCCGGCAGAGGAAGAUCUCCGAUUUCUUCACGAUCGCAAAGGCACCACAAGCGGGAACUGCUGGGAUGCCGAGCUGUGGGAUCAAGGAAGAGCCACUGGAUCCCUUUUUCCCUGGACCUCCUGGCUCCUUCAGCACCCCCUCCCUUUCCCUGCAUCCCCAGGACUUGGUGCCACCUCCCAGAGGACAUUCCAGCAAAAGAGGAAUUCCCAAAGCAGAGCCACUGGAUCCCUUUUUCCCUGGACCUCCUGAUUCCGUCAGCAACUCCUCCCUUUCCCUGCAUGCCCAGGACUUGGUGCCACCUCCCAGGGGACAUUCCAGGAAAAGAGGAAUUCCCAAACCAGAGCAGGAUCUCUGGGAGGAACCUGAGGAGAAAAUUCCAGUGCUCAGUGGGAUCAAGCAGGAAUGGGAAGAGCUGGAAGUGGAGCCCCUUCCCGAUUCCCACUACGGGCUCCUGGGCACUCGGAGCUGGCAGGUUCCUCAGGGAUCCAUGAAUGAUCUUCCUCCUGAAAUCCUCAGGAAUAUUUUUGCUUUCCUGCCAGUGCUGGAUCUGUACCAGAGCCUGAGCCUGGUGUGUCGCUCCUGGAGGGAGAUAAUCCGGGAUCCACGGUUUAUCCCUUGGAAAAAGCUCUACCAGCAGUACCUGAAGAGGGAGGACUCAGCCCUGCAGAGGCUGGAGCAGAUCCUGCAGGAAUUCUCCAUAACCAAGGAGCAGCAGGGCUGUGUGCUGGGGCUGCUCAGGUUGGUGGCAUCCACGGGAGCCAAGGUGGAUCCCAGCGCGCUUCUCCGGGUUUUGGGAAGUCAUCCCCUCUUCCCAAAGGCUCAAAUCUGUGUCCUCAACAAAUUCCCAGAUUUAAAGAGCAAGCCUGGGCCUGAGAAGAUGUGGGCCAUCUUUGCUGUCAUGGUGCUGUUCUCUGAUGGUGUUGGUGACAUCCAGAGGCUGCUGGAACGUUUCUGGAGUCCCCGCUCGGAGCUGGCCGUGCUGGAGGUCACCGAGGUGCUCCACUGCAUGGCCACACUGCUCCUGGCCAUGAGGAACAAGGGCAUUCCCAUCUCCAACAGGAUUCACUACAAUAUUUUCUACUAUUUGUAUCUGAUGGAAAAUGCCUCUGGAGUUGUGCAGCCUCUGGAAGAGGGAAGAAUGGAUUUGUGUCCCAGUGGAUGGGCUGAUGUCAAACUGACCCAUGAACAGCAGAGGAUUUUGAGUCACAAAAUUGAGCCUGGCCAAACAGUGAAAAUAAUGGCAUUUGCAGGCACAGGGAAAACCUCAACCUUGGUCAAGUACGCGGAGAAAUUCUCAGAGCUGAAAUUCCUUUACCUGACUUUUAACAAAGCUGUGGCAGAGAAGGGGAAAAAGGUUUUUCCAAGGAAUGUCACCUGCAAGACCUUCCACUCCUUGGCCUUUGGAAGCAUUGGGAGAUACUACAAAGAGAAAGGCAAGCUGAACUUCUCCAAGCUGUCCGUUUAUUCCAUCAGCUUCCUCCUCCGGAACAGGAAGGGCCAAUCCCUGUUUGUAAGAGGGAAAACGGUGUCCCAAACCUUGGAAAACUUCUUCUCCUCCUCAGAUGAGGAGAUCUGUGAGGAGCACGUGCCCCUGUGGUUCAAAAACACUCAUGGACAGAUGGAGCAAGUGAGCCAAGAGGAAAAGAGAAUCAAUGUGGAAGAGGCCAAAGAGAUUUGGCACAACAUGAAGAAGCUGGAUGGAGAUGCAGAGAAGAAAUACAAGAUGACUUGUGAUGGAUAUUUGAAACUUUGGCAGCUCAGCAAGCCCCAGCUCUCAGGAUACGAUGCCAUUUUUGUGGAUGAAGCCCAGGAUUGCACUCCAGCCAUCGUGGAUAUCGUGCAAUCCCAAAAAUGUGGGAAAAUCCUGGUGGGAGACCCCCACCAGCAGAUCUACACCUUCCGAGGGGCCGUCAACACCCUCUACCUGGUGCCUCACACCCACAUGUACUACCUGACCCAGAGUUUCAGGUUCGGCCCCGAGAUCGCCUACGUGGGAGCCACGAUCCUGGAUGUGUGCAAGGGGAUCCGCAGCAAAACCCUGCUGGGAGGAAACCAGGAUGGUGAGCUGGGACUGGGAAUUCCCCAGAGAUUCCACGGGAAUC